AUGGUCAAUAAGUGCAGGUAUAAGGUACCUAACAAACUGACAACUCAGUGCACAUCUGAGACUGUAGGUUUGACUGUGUGCUGCAACAGAAUUGGACAGACGGAGUGUUUCUCUGAGGCCAGCAACCCCGCUGAUUUGAACAGAUCCCAGAUCAGCCUGGCAGAGACUCAAAGACACAGAGUGGAAGUUAUCAGAAAGAUGAUGGCCUCUCUGGAUGCACGUGUGGAGAAUGAGGCUGCCCAGCUGGUGAUCAUGGGUCUGAAAGGAGCCCUGGAGGCAAACGCUGGUAAACAGAAUGAAGCUGCAGACAGAAACAAGGAGAGAGAGUCUGUAUCCACUGAUGAAAAUGCACCCAAGAAGAAAGAGAUCAAAAUCAGCAUGGAUCAGUGGGCAUGUCCAGCUGCGGAGACGUGUACAGUACAGCGUGAACAGGCCACAAUUCAGGGCACAUCAGAGCAGAGUGACUACAGUGAAAGCACUGACUCAACCAGUAAGUGGAGUGAGCUGAGUGAGGUGUACAGUCAGAGUCAGCUCCAGCGCCACCUCUCACUGGCUCAGAGCCAGCAGUUCCUCCGGGAAGAGGAGCUGAGAGCCCGCCAGUACAGCGCUCUCUUCAGGCUUCGAGAGAAAGCACUGUGGGAGAGGACUCAGGCUGAGCUGGCAUGGCUGGAUCACUGCAAGAAGCAGGUUACGUCAGAGGACAACUCUCUUGCUGAAAUCAAGCGGAAGCAGGAGGAAGUAGUGAGCAGGCUGAGACAGGAGCAGGCAGAAAUCCACCACUGGCGUAAUGUAUAUAAAUGCGGACGGCAGCAGCGUCGGCUGCUGCUUUGCCAUCAGAGGGACAUCCUGGACAUCAAGAAGUCGGCUACUCACUUUAGAGAAGUGCUGCAGAAGCAGGCCGAGGCGGAGACUGACACUAGGCCCGUGGACGCAGCUCCAGCUCCGGAGGCAAAGAGUUUUAUCACCAAGCCUGGGAUUAUACAUGCAGCCGGAAGCAGAGAUAAGUCACCUGGAAAGCAGGGGAGAUGGGACUGCGAGUGA